AUGGAAUUUAUCCGAUUAAACCAAUCCAAUAAGCACCCUAAGUUCGACGUUGGAGCUCCCAGGGACUUGCCUCGAGAUCAAAUUCAGAUUGCAACAAAGUUUGUGAUUGUCAAAAUGGAAAAUGGUAAUGUGAUAGUGAACGGUUCCCCUGAAUAUGUUCGGUCCUGUUGCGAGGGUAGCCUCCAACGCCUUGGUGUCAGCUACAUUGAUCUCUAUUAUCAGCACUGUGUUGACACCACUGUACCCAUUGAAGACACUAUUGGAGAGCUUAAAAAGCUGGUCCAAGAGGGAAAAAUAAGGUACAUAGGAUUGUCGGAAGCUAGCCUUGACACAAUUAGAAGGGCACAUGCUGUUUAUCCCAUUACUGCUGUGCAAAUGGAGUGGUCCCUUUGGACUCGUGAAAUUGAGCAAGAUAUUGUUCCACUUUGCAGGUACUUGUCGAGGGUGUCCAUAAUGUAAAAUG